AUGAAGCGCAUAUUUGGUUCUCUCAGCAGGCGCUCGAGCCCAUCGCUCAACACCCCUUCGGAGUACCCCGAUGACUCGCCUGAGGGAACGAUUUUGAAAGCAGUGAAAGCUUUCUGCGAGACCGGGGGACAAGAUAACAGACAAGGGACCGAAUUCGUUCACCUACCUGCCAUAGUCGAAAACGCAGAGUCCAGCCCCAAUGCCGCCAGAGAGGCUGCGCAGCGACUCCGCAAAUACCUGUCCGAUCCAGCCUCGACUCCAGCCUACAUCCAAUACAAUGCAAUUAUGCUAAUGCGCAUACUCAUUGACAACCCGGGCCACACGUUUACGCGCAACAUCGAUGCGAAGUUCGUCGCUACGAUAAAGGAUCUCCUGCGUGAUGGGUGGGACCUCAACGUGCAACACUUUCUGCGGGAAACGCUGGGCGCCAUCGAGUCGCAGCGACAGUGGGAUGAGGACCUAGCGCCGCUCAUGCACAUGUGGAAGAAGGAGAAGGGUAAGCUGAGCAGGCAGAACAGUGGGAGCACUUGGAGAUCCUCACGGUCGCAGCAACAGCAGCAGCAGCAGCAGGCAUACACAUACAUGCAGAGCUCUGCCCGGCCUGCGUCGUCACUACCACCGCCCGAUGAACUCGCUGCUCGCGUGACGGAAGCCAAAACGUCGGCCAAGUUGCUCCUGCAGUUCGUUCAGUCGACCACCCCCGCAGAGUUCAAUGAAAAUGAGCUCAUCAAGGAAUUCUGUACUCGGUGCCAGACGGCGUCCCGCGCCAUUCAGAACUAUAUACAUUCGACGAAUCCCGCACCCGACGAGAACACGCUUCAGACCUUGAUCGAGACGAAUGACGAGCUGUCGGUCGCUUUGUCCAAGUACCAGCACGCGUUCCUCAGCGCCCGCAAAGCGACGGGCAAUUCAGGCAGCCAGUCACCCGUUUCGUCGAACGAAGCCACUGUGUCUGGUAUCAAUCGUCCGCUCCCUGCGCUCCCAGUACCGCGGGGGCAAGUACAAAGUCCCUCGCCCUCGGUGUCGGCACCCACACCGCAGCCGCAGCAGCAGCAGAACACUGCAACGGCGGCCACUUUGACAGCGGCGCCGGUCAAUAAUGGCACGGCUCGGUACGAGUACCGGUCGGAGGAUUUCCAGGUACAGAAUCCAUUUGCAGAUGCCUACAGCACACCCAACAACGCUCUGGGUGCCACAGAGAACCAACAACCGGCAGGAUCACACCAACGUCCUACGCAGCAAACUCUUUAA